CCAUUACCCGCUGCGGCUGGGGUAACUAUAUUUAUGUGAAAAUAACCUCCUUAUCCCUCCCGAGCUCUGUCGCAACUCGCAACUAUACUUGAUACUGGGAACACGCAACAAAUCAUACAACGUUGAGCACCGACAAAAUCCCUGUCCAACAAAAGUUUCCAUGGGAGGCCACGGCGCUGUUGAGGUAGCGAAGACGGUCAUCGAGGUGGCUGACGUGGCUUGGAAAGCAAUGGAAUUCACCCAACAUCAUCACCUCCACGAAAUUCACCAGCAUGAAUCAGCUCACGACACCAAAAGUAAUUCAGUGGAUGAAGAAUUGGAGUCUUUAAGAUCGGAGAAUAAGCGUUUGAAGGAUUUGCUUGAGCACAACUUGAAACUCCUCCAAAGUUUAUCUGAAUCUCCUUGCUUACUAAACGAUUGCCCUCCUCAUCUGUACAGCCGUCUAGUAGCUACUGUGGAUUCUGAGAAUUUCUUGACUAAAAUUAAAUCCCUCCAGCAGGCAUCAGUUAAUGAAACCGGUAUUCAAUUCCCUUUUAAGGAGGCUACAGGGGAUGAUAUGCAAUUAGUUGAGGUUCUAAUCAAUGUUGAUGGCAAAGAACCUAGUCGGUGGGUUUGGGUGACAGAAGACAUGGUUCCUAGCAAUGUUGAAGAGCGGAGUGGUAUUGAUGAUGAGAAUUAUGUGGUGGUGACUGAGGAACGUGUGGUGGAUGGGGUUGCUAACUUCAUGGCUAAAUGCAUUGUAGCAAACCCAAAGGCACAGAAUUUGACACCAGAGGAGCUGCAGAAAAUUUUGGCAAAAGCUCUGGGCGGUGUGAGCAAAUUGGAAAAAGUGUUUGGUAUCUGGCAUGCUGGGACCAUGUUUUAUACCCUGGGGACCUGGGGGCUGGCUUUGGCAGGAUUGUAUCGUAGCCGAGCUGUAUUGAGGCUUGCAGCAGGGGGCAUUCACGCAUCCAGCAAAGUUGUUUUGAAGGCCCUAUAAAGAUGGCCAUUCCAAUCCGAAUGAACAAAUUGUAUCAUAAUUGAUGUGGAUUUCUUGGGAGCUUCAAGCGUCUCAGCUGUGUGCAAAUUGAAAAACUCGUGAUUCUUCACCUCGCAUCCUCCUUGCUUCUGUUAUUGUAAAUGUUUGUAAAUAACUUUGGCUUUCUGUUUGCAACUCAUUCAGUUAAAAUGAUUGGAUGCUUAAUUAUUAUAAUACAAGUUCCAAUUGUGUGCACAGACAAA